AUGGCUAUCUUAUCAUUAGAAAUGGUUUUGACUUUAACAGCCUUCUUAUUGUAUUAUCUGUACUACAAAAAGUUCAAAUUCUUCACUAUUGUUGAGAAAUUGGACGAGAAGAACAUCAAAAACAAAUUACCAAGAGGAAAGUGUCCACCAUCUUAUCCUAAUGGUUGGUAUCGUCUUUGCAGAUCAGGAGAAUUGUAACCAGGAGAAGUAAAAGAAAUUAAAUUGUGUGGAAGACACAUCGCAUAUUACAGAGGAACUGAUAAAUAAGUAUAUGCUGUGGCUGCCUAUUGUCCUCACAUGGGUGCCAACUUGGGUAUUGGUGGAUAGGUGAAGUUUCGGUCUUGCAUUGAAUGUCCAUUCCACGGAUGGACUUUCGAUGGGAAAAGUGGUUUAUGUGUCAAUUCAGAGCAACUGGAGCCAAAGAUAGUCACAACUUAUUGUUAUCCGGAUAUAGAAAGAGUGACAAAGAAUUAAAAGGGAGAAUAUAUACAAAAGAUUGCAGAGGGGGAAGUCAAAAUAAAAACAUACUUGGUGAAGGAAGUAAAAGGAAUAGUGUAUGUUUGGUUACAUUCGAAGGAGGCCAAGCCAUGGUACGAUGUAGUAAGUGAGGAGAGUGAUCAUUUAACCCUGAGAGCAGAGAGUAUCAACUAUGUGAAUUGUCACAUUCAAGAAAUACCAGAGAAUGGGGCUGACAUGAGACAUUUCGAUUAUAUUCAUGCAUCUGCCAUGGAUAUCAUACCCCAUUGGUUGGAUUCCGAUUUCUUAAAAGAAAUGACACAUCCAGUUCCCAGAUGCAGAUAAUAUCAAAAAUAGCUUUUCGAUUAAUAUUUCACAAACAAAGAAUUGAUUCCUUAUUUGAAUGUACUCCUUCUAGAUGGAUAUGUGAUUCUAUUCAACAGAUUUAAAUUCCAUGCCAUUUGGGCUACUGGAUUCUAAAUGGGUCCUUCCACUGUUGCAUUGUAUGUCAAGAGUGCAAUAUUCGAAGUCUUAUUUAAAUAGUCAAUUUAACCUGUUGAGAAAUUCACUUAAAAAGUCUAUCAUACAGUAUUUACUAAUGGUUAUUUGCCAUAUUGGUUCUCUGCUUAUUUGCUUCAUGCAGAAUUGAGAUAAGUUCUAUUUGAUGUCAAAUUGUGGAAUGCCAAAAUAUUCUCAGAAAUACUCAGAUACAAUUUGAAGACCUAUUCUGACUAAGCAUUAUUGUAAUGGAGAUAAUGGUAUUCCCAAUUCUAUGAUGGUGCAGCUGAGUUCGAGAAAGGUUUAGAUAAAUUAGAAUGGUGAUAUUAUUCUUAAUACACAAUAACAACAACAGAAGAAUAUAUAUAUGAAAUAUAUUUAAUCAUCUAGAAGUUUCUAUUUUCAAAAGG